AUGUCGUUGAAGAAAGCCAUUCAACCAAGAGACAACAACAACACUCAUGCGGUCAAAUGGUACCGUUCGACAUUCUACAAUGCUCUGAUUCUCGGCCUCGCAAAUUUCUCGGCCCCAGGUAUAUGGGGUGCCAUGAACUCUCUCGGUGCCGGAGGCCAAGCGAGCCCUCACCUCGUGAACGCUGCCAACGCACUCACCUUCUGCCUCAUGGUGGUGUCAUGCUACUUCUCUAGUGCCAUCGUGCACGUGAUAGGUAUCAAAUGGGCUCUCGUCAUCGGGACAAUGGGUUACGCCCCCUAUGCCGCCGGCCUGUAUACCAACAACCGCUUCGGGAUCGAAUGGCUCACUCUUCUGGGUGCUGCGCUGUGCGGAAUUUCAGCCGGUAUCUUCUGGAUGGCUGAGGCGGCGAUUGCACUGGCGUAUCCCGAACCAUACAACCAGGGGAAAUUCCUUGGGUUCUGGCUGAGUUUUCGUCUCGCGGGCCAGAUCCUGGGCGGCGCAAUCAAUGUCGGCAUCAACGCGCACAACUCAAAAGCAGGAAAGGUCUCGUACACAGUAUACCUGGUCUUCAUUGCGCUUCAAUCCAUCGGACCCUUUGUGGCGCUGUUGCUGAACAAUCCUUCUCAAGUACAGCGGACCGACGGACGGAAAGUCGACCUUUCUGUGGUGGAUCACCCGUGGACCGAGAUCAAAGCUACCACCAAACGCUUCUUCAGCAAGCAGUUCCUCUUGAUAGUCCCCUUUAUCGGUCAAGCAGUGUACACGGAAGCAGUCAUGUUCACAUUCUCAGCCUUGUGGUUUUCGGUCCGUGCUCGAGCAUUGGGAUCGUUCUUGUCAGGGAUCGUCGCAGUCAUCGGUGGCAAUAUUCUCGGAUGGUUCCUCGAUCGCACAAGAGUCGCCCUCAAGACUCGUGCAAGAGGGAGCUUCUUUUUCCUCAGCACACUUCAGCUUGGACUGUGGAUAUGGUCGACAGUUCUGGUGACUCGGUUUCGGCGCACAAAGCCCACUUAUGACUGGGCUGACGGCACAAACGGCUUUGCAAGUCCAUUUGCUUUGUUCUUGUUCCUCGUCAUUGGCUUCCAGGUGAACUAUCUGUACCUCUACUUUGUGAUUGGGCAGAUGACCUUGUCACCGCCAGAAACUGUACGGUUGGCGGCACUGUUGAGAGGGACAGAAUCGGCAUGGCAAGCGUUGAGUUAUGGCUUGAAUUCAGUCGCUAUUUUCGGAGAAGUUGGUGGCGUCUACCUCAAUUUCAGCCUGUGGGGACUAGCCCUGAUCCCAGCUUGGUUGGUUAUAAAGGAUUUCGGAACAUCGGCGCAAAUUGAUCAACGCAGAUCAUCGACGGGAGUGUUUGGACUUCCCGCCACAGGCGACGAGGAUACUUCAGCUCACAGUGAGGUUGAUCAGGAAGCGGCGAGAAGCGAUGAGACGGCAAAGGUUUAG